AAGAAAAAAACAGAGAGAAAAAAAAAAUGGAAUUCCUACUAACAAGAACAGUAACAAUAAUUCAACUAGCUCUACUCCUCUUAGCUUUGUCUUUCAUUCUCCACCGCCGGCUCCGGCGGCGGCCAAUCACCACGCCGGCAUCCCUUCCACCAGGCCCCCGCCCUCUUCCACUCAUCGGCAACUUCCUCAACAUCGGUACUCUUCCGCACCAAUCCUGCGCCAUGCUCGCCCGCAAAUACGGGCCCAUCAUGACCAUCCACCUCGGCGCCGUCACUACCGUCGUCAUCUCUUCGGCCUCUGCCGCCCAAGAGAUGUUUAAACAGCAUGAUGCCGCCCUCGCCGGACGCUAUGUCUACGAAGCCAUAAACCUCAAGAACGGUAACGAAGGCUCUGUGAUCACGGCUCAACCCGGCCCUCGCUGGCGCUCGCUGCGCCGUCUCCAAAACACCAUGUUCUUCACGUCGUCCAGACUUGAAGCCAUGCGUGGCGUGCGUGCUGGUUGUGUCGACACACUCAUGCGCCGCAUCACUGCUGCCAGCGGUGGAGGUACUCAGCCGGUGAAUGUCAGCAAGUUGUUGUUCUUGACUAUGUUUGAUCACAUUGGACGUAUUGCUCUGUCACGAGACGUGUUGUUGGACUCGGACUGGGACCAGAUUGGUGGCGCGUUCUUGUACCAUGCAAGCCAGAUUAUGGAGCUCAUGGGGAAGCCAAACUCAGCUGAUUAUGUGCCAUCUUUGAGGAGGUUGGAUCCUCAAGGUAUAAAAAAAAGGAUGGAGUUCCAUAUUGGAAGUUUGCUUAAAUUAGUAUCCAGUUUUGUGAUGGAGAGGAUUGCUGAAGGUGUUAGAGAUGAUAAGGAGAAGGAUUUCUUGGAUAUGUUGCUGGAAUUUGCUCAUCAACAAGUGGAUGAAGACACUAAGUUGUCUCCUACUGCAAUUAACAUAAACAUUGUGGAAACUCUGAUAGCUGGAACGGACUCGAGUGCAGGAACGAUGGAGUGGGCAAUGGCAGAGCUCAUGCACAAACCGAGCACUUUAAAGAAAGUACAAGAAGAACUCAGGCGAAAUAUACAUCCAGGAGAAAAGAUUGAAGAGAAACACGUUGUAGAGCUUCCCUACUUGAAUGCAGUGAUAAAAGAAGCAUUGAGAAUGCACCCUCCAGUGCCAUUCUUGAUACCCCACAAGUCCACUAAGGCAUGCACAGUGAUGGGGUAUCACAUUCCACAGGAUACUCAAAUCCUUGUGAACUCAUGGGGGAUAGGGAGACAGGAGAAGCUGUGGAAUGAUCCAGAUGACUUCCAACCAGAGAGGUUUAUCAAAGAUGGUGGGAUUGAUUAUAAGGGCAAUCACUUUCACUUCAUUCCUUUUGGUAGUGGCCGACGAAUUUGCCCUGGGAUUCCUUUGGUGCAGAGGAUGUUGCCAUUGGUGUUGGGAACUAUGUUAUAUAAAUUUGACUGGGUUUUGCCUAAUAAUGGCAUUAAAGCAGAGGACAUGGAUAUGAGAGAGAGGCUUGGUACUACCCUACGUAAAGCUGUGCAGCUGAGCGCCAUUCCGGUGCCUUACAAGGCUGAAGAAGCGAUUGGUGUUGCCGGGGAUCAAUGAAUUGAUAGUUCAUCAUCGAUCACAAAUUAACCUUCUCUUGUUACUUCUUUAAUUGGUUACUUAAUUUGUCCAGUACCAUAUUAUUAUGCAUGGAUGUGCGCAUGUCAUCCUUGUAUUAGAUAAUCUAUGGGAGCAAAACAUUAUAUUCAACGAGGAUUACAAUUUGAAUAAAUAUUAAAUGUCUUGAUUUA